CGUGUGGUCCCUGUUUCGAACGAUGCGUUGUGGAUGAUGGGCACGCCUGUCCGAUUGACGGUGAAAACUGGCCGGAAGAAGAAGUUGAAUGGAGAGACUUCCCUGCAGAAAAUCUGCUGAAAAGAGAGGUUAAAUGCUGGAACCAAAGGCACGGGUGCCCACUUAUGAUGGCUGCCGCAGAAGUACACAAGCACUUCCACCGAGAAUGUGAAUACCACUACACAUCCUGUCCAAGAUGCUCGGUGAUGGUUUUAUGCCGUGACGUUGGCGAACAUCUGAGAGCUUCAUGCAACGCCAUUGCAGCACCUCAAGCAACGGAUUGCGAGGGAAAGCCAGGGGACGCUGUUGUAACAGAAAUACUCGAAGGUGUGAGGAAAGUAGUGCUAGAGCAGGCAGGUGAAAUGAAGGCACUUCUAGAGCGUUCAUUUGGAGAAAACAGCCCCCUUAAUGACUGCCUAAGUGAGGUCUCUCGCAGCGUGAACUCUCUAAAAGAAUCAGUGAGCCAAGGCAUUGCGCCUGUUGAAGAUAUAAGUCAAAUGACACGUCGCGUCUUGGACGGCAUCAACACAAUACAUGGAUCGCUUCGUAGCGAAAUGGCUGACAUAAAGCAGCAGAACGAAGAGCUUCCUCGAGUUCGAGCCGCAAUCGAAAGUGCGAAAGAAGAUGCUGCAGCAAGCACGAAGAGGGUGGCAGACAUGCAGAAGAAAGCACUAGCAUACGCUGAAAAAAAUCAAACUCGUUGCAGCUUUUUCGUCCCACGAAUAGAGUCACUUGAAGAGAAGGCGUUGAAAGACGGUGAGAGCGAAUAUGUCCAUGGACAGGUUUAUCUUCGUGGUUACAACAUAUCACCUGGCGUUCUACUGGUAAAAAGUGGAGAAAGUGUGUUACUUAAGAUGAGGCUUAAGCUGAACAAAGGUGAACACGACGAUGAAAUUCCGUGGCCAUUUGAGCAUAAAAUAAGGUUUGCCAUUCUACACCCUGACAAGAACGAAGAUAAAACCUUCAUACACAAGUCAUGCCGCUCAUUCACAACGUAUCACAAAGAACAUAGAAGAAACAAAGUUGCUUGGGUAACGGCAUUUAAUCUAGGAGACCUAAAAAGAGAUGGCUAUGUCUACAACGACAUGCUGCGCGUCACGUGGGAGCUCCUUUAAUUGUAACAGGAAACAAUCACAGAAUUUGCUUUUUACACAAUGUACAGUGUGCAAACGGUUGGCAAAUGCGCACCGUUGAUGGCUCGAUAUGCGUGCGAUUUACUUCGGUUAGGCGUCUUAACACGACAACCUGACAUUCGCUAGAACUCUUCCAAGUUCCAGACUAAGAGAGAUUCUAAAUAAGACGAAAUUUUCAUGCCUUUUCUUGAAAUAUUGCAUAGAAACAGACGAGCGUUCAUAUGAAAGACGUAAAACGAAAAUUACGCACAGAAAAUGCUAAAUUUGCCCGUUGUAAAUUGAUAUAUCACAUGUGGUAAUCCGCUCUGCACGUUUAGGACUUUAAUGAUCUGAGUGGUCUCCAAGGAAAAUCAAAAGAAAAUAUUUUGUGUGCAACUGUUUGGUGUUUACACAAUGUA